CAUCUUCAAGCUCCCUUCCCCGGCCGAGCCCACCGGUCGCUCCGGCUUCGGGAGCACCGAUGAGCACAACCAGGUGAAGAGACCACUUCUUCAAAAGUCCUUGAUGAUUUUCUAGAAAACCUGACGUAUGACAUAAAAGGCCAGCAACAAGAUGAAUAUUGGCAAGUGGGGAUUAAAGUCUUGUGAUUCCAAAUCUGAAUCAGAAUUGCAGGUGUAUAAGAAGGAGAAUGCAGCCCUAAAAAAAUCCUUGGAAGAAAUCAUUAAGGGCAAAACCAAAAUGACACCUGAAGAAAGGAACAGGCUCCUGGAGAAAAUACUUGCCCUUGAAACUGAAACUGAAAAAUAUAAGAAUAUCCUUGGAGAGAGGGACCAAGAAAUCCAGGUCCUGAAAGCCAAGCUGAAGAGCAAAAGCAAACAUGGUGACAUUGCUACUCUACUUGGUCAACUAGAGGAGAAGACAAAGGAAGUGGCAAAGAAAGAUCAGCAACUUAAUUCCCUCUCAGAAGAGGUGGAUCGGCUGAAAAACAUGUUAUCUGCAAUUUCUGCAAAAUAUUCAGACCUUGAAAACAGAACCAGUAAUGUCCAGGCUUCCCAGGAAACUAUUGCAAGCUCUUCAAGAACUACAAUAAAUGUAAAUGAAGUUGAAAUCCUACUGAAAGAUGCUUUGGAGAAAAACCAGCAGUGGCUAAUGUAUGACCAGCAGCGGGAGGCUUAUGUUCAGAGCCUCUUGGCAAGGAUCUUUGAAACGGAGCAGCAGCUGGGAACUGUUAACCAACAGCAAGCAAAAGAAACCAGGGCAGAAGAAGACAAGCAAAGAUAUUACGAAGAGCUGUUGGCAGCUGCCAGGAAAGCUCUUGAUACAGAAAGGCAUACUAUAACCCAGUUGCAGUCUGACCUUAAUGAAUUCAAAAGGAAGUACGAUGAAGCCAAGCAAGAGGUGUUGAAUUUAAAUGGCCUGGUGCAGCUGCACAAGCAGGUUGAUGUUCAGACUCUUCAGGAUGAAAACCAGAUCAAAGGGCAGUUAUUACAGAGGCUCACGCAUGAAAAUGAAACUACCCGGGGAAAGCUGCAUGAUGAAAGGAAGCGAACACAAGCUCUCUCGUCUCAGGUUGAACUACUUCAAAAAUCUUUGCUAAAACAGCAUGAAGAACACACAAGGUUAGCAGCUUUGGAGCAGCAGAUCCAGGCCUGCACAUCAGACUUUGAGAAUGAAAAGCUUGAUCGACAGAACUUACAGCAUCAGUUGGAUAAAGUCCUUAAGGAGCUGCGCAAAGCACGGGACCAAAUAACUCGCUUUGAACCCUCAAAACUUCCAGAACGUGGAGGAUGUAUAGAAGUUUUGCACAACUUCCAGUCUGCCUUUGAAGACAAACUGAUAAUAGAAGACAAACGUUCUUCAGCAAAACGUUCAGAUCUUCUUGAUGAAAGUUUCGUGGAGUGCCCCAAAUGUAAAGCACAAUAUCCUACAAACAAGCAUAGGGAGUUACUAGCCCAUAUUGAUUUCUGUGCAGAUUAAGUACAUGGUCAAACCUGUAGGUAUGUCUUAUUGCACCCAGGUAUUUUAAGUUAAAAUAGUGGCACUUCAAAAAUAACUGAGAUUCUAAAGGAUCUUAUUCCAGCUAAAACAUUGUACUUCCAUUCAUGUUUAUAAAAAGAACUAGUUUUAUCAAGGUCCACAAAGGCUGUAGACAAUUUUAUUUCAGACACGGUAUCUUGAAUUCUAAACUACUGAUUGUAUUUGCACUGUCAGAGCCAGCAGAGAUGUUCAGUUGGUUUGAUUUAUUUUCCAUGACUCAAUACUCCAUGCAAAUAUUCAACAAAAUUACUGCCAAACACUCCUGUUCCAAUCUUGAUGAUACCUGUAGCUUAUUUGACUGGAUUCAUAUAUACUGCUUUGUAUUGUCUAUCCACAGAAAAGCAUUUCUGUUUUUCAAUCACUUGAGGCCCUCGUAACAUUUGCAGAAAGGAAAAUGUUUUUAAUAUAGGACAAAUUGUGAAGAUGUAGUCCAUGUGAGGGAACGUGUGGUGACAAUAUAAAAAGAAAGUAGAAAAUGUGUAAACUAAUUCAAUUUCUAACUUCCGUCGAACUUUUUUUUUGUGUAGAGAAAAAGCACACCCAAAAUUAAGAGCAUCAGGAUUCCUCUUAAGACUUUUUUUUGCAGCCAUUUUGUUUGAAGUACACUCUUGUUUGCACUCUGUCAUCCCACAGCUAAAAGCUAGGGAUAUAACUUAUC